UGUACUUUUGGAUAAGAAAAUCAGGAUUCUUCUGCUUCCCAGCUACACUGAGCUCGGACUCAAAAAUCGAAAGCAGUGGGACUAUAAUGCGCUCGCAUUCCGGCGGUUUACCCAAGGAGCAGGAGCACGCUAUCAUUGUCUCCGCCCUCAAACAGGUAGUCCGCGGUGGCGUUAGAACAAACAAUGCACCCUCCCUGCCCCACCAGCCACCGCCGCCGCAGCGGAUCUAUUAUGCCUCAUCAUCACUUCCUCCAACGGAGGGCGCCGAUCAAGUCGUGAUACCGUAUUCGGAUUCUGACACGUGUCCGGUAUGUAAUAUGGAGACGGACGAUUGCCUUGGCUGUGGCUUGUUCCCGCCAAGCGAGCAAUACAAAGGGAAAGGGAAGAAGAUGAAGACUAGCGAGUACAGGGGAGUGCGGCAGAGACCAGGGGGCAAAUGGGCCGCGGAGAUUCGGGACCCGCGUCGCGCCAUUCGGGUUUGGCUCGGGACGUUUCAGACGGAGGAGGAGGCAGCCAGGGCUUAUGACACGGCGGCCCUCGAGUUUCGUGGGGCUGAUAGAGCUAAGCUAAACUUCCCCCCAUCCUCGGACACUGGUGGUACUACCAGUAGUAGAGCAUUUGACUGACGAGACCAAAAGUCCAGGAAGUCGUAGAUAGUAUUAAGGAACCAGGGUGCACUGAGUGACUGAGAUUUGCUAUUUUUGACGAUUUUGACAGUGUCAGCGGAUAUUGUGCGUACUGCGUACUACCAUAUAUAGUAGGAAUUUAUUCAGGUCAACCUACGCACAAUAUCCGCUUCUCUUUUCUGUUUCAUUCUCAAUCUCUGUUCUGUUUCAUUAUUUUUCCUCUUCUGUGAGAAUUCUGAGAUUCCGGUCUACGCGACACAUGGCAUUAUUUUAAUAUUUUUCCUCUUCUAUUUCAUUCUCAAUCUCUAUUCCAUCCAUUCUCCUAAAAAUAAAAAUAAAUCUCUGUUCCAUCAGUACACUCUUUUAUCCCAAUCAUAUACAAAAAGAAGCAUAAAGAAGCAAAUGGCCCUGCAAUCAUUCAAUCAUCUUCGCAACCAUAAAGAAGCAAAUGGCCGCUACUAUCCAUCUCCAAUACAUCCACUGAAUCUCUGGAAAGAAAGAAAAUUCAGACUGAAUCUGUUUUUUUUUUAAAUUUUUUUAUUUACCCCUUUUUACUUGAUCUCUUCAUCUUUGCCAAAGACCCGACAGAAUCUAAUGUAAUCUAAGGUUCUAAUCCUUCCGUGGAUUGAAUCUCAGAUUUGUUUCCUUGCUUUGCUUCUCUUUCUUUUUCUAAAGGCUGGGAUCUCCACUCUCUAAAUCUGCAAGCCAUUGAAGUGCUCCGCAUUAUUCGGAGAAGAAGAAAACAGUUUCGAAGAAGCGAAGAACCGUCGUGUUCCAAUGUUCCGCCCGGCGGUACGUCUUAUGGACGUUGUCGUCGGACGGGUAGGUUUAGAAUCUCAGUCCACCAGUGAAGGACCGAGGCAGUGUCGGGGCUGGAGCGGGGAGGAACCAUGGAGGAUUUGUGGUCUUCUACGGGACAAUCUACAACCACAAGCAUGCCGUGGAGGGUGAUGGGAUAAUUGGAUCGUGGGCCUGUGUUGCUUUAAUGGGCUGGUAUCUAGUUUUCUUAUUUUCACUAGUUUAUCCUCGUCUUAGGUGUAUGUUUUCAAUUCCUACCACCUCUUGGUAAGGACAUGUGAGCUAUGUCCAGGUCUGCAUACUCAGUAUGCUUUAUCUAGCCUAACGAGAUGGCGGAUCAUGAAUUGGUUGCAACCUCAUAAUGGCAGGAUGAAACGACAUGUCGUCCGUUUUAUUUCUGAUUGUCAGCAUAUUGGGAUAGUUAUUUUAUUGGUUUUACGGCAUUGCUUGACAUGCCACCGUUAUUGUAAAGCAUAUAGAGUAGUCGGUAUGACACCCUUUGCUAUUUGGUGGAUGUAUGAAUAAUUGUAGUUGUAGAGGCGACUGUUAUUAUUCAGGAGGUUCUCUUGAGGUACAUUGUAAUAAGGGGUUUAGGCAAUAUGUCCCCCCCUGUGUAUUCAUCAGUUU